UGGCUAUAUGUCUGAAGAAUAUGCCAUACAUCAUUUGAUGUCGGAAAAAUCCGAUAUCUUCAGCUAUGGAGUCAUGCUGCUGGAGAUUAUUACUGGGAUUAGGAACCUAGACUAUUGCAAUAUACACCGCGGAGAUAGUCUUCUGGACUACGUUUGGACGCAAUGGAAUGAAUGUAAUGCAUUGGAC